UUCUUCCUGCUGCUUCAGCCACCGGCUGUGAUGAAGCGAAGCCUCUUAACACUGAAACCACGUAUCACACAUUAGAGGACGGAGGCGUGGUCGAGUACUGCACCACCACUGUGAGUGACUCCGCCCCCACUGUGGUGGCAGCUGUCGAGGCUCCUGUAGAGAUGCUGGCCUCGUCCUCCUCCUCCUCGCCUCCCCCUCCUCCUCCUCCUCCUCCUCCUCCUCAGGCUCAGGCCAAACCUCAGGAGCUGAAGAGCCGCAUCGCCCUCAACUCCGCCCGCCUGCUGCAGGAGCAACGCGUCACCAACGUCCACAUCCGACAGAUCGCCCAGCACCUGGAGGGCCAGAACGAGCUGCUGCACAUGAUGCGGCGCUCGCAAGAGGCGCAGGCGUUCGCACAGGAGAGACAGGCCCAGGCGCUGGAGGGGACGCAGGCCGCCCUGCUGGCUCUGGUGCAGAUGCUCAGACCGGUUCUGAAGGACCUGCGCAAAUUCCUGCAGAGCGGGACGGAGGUCGCUAACGCCAGCGGCUCCUCAAUAGCAAUGACUGAUGGAUCCGGACCAGAAGAACAAAACAGACCUAAAACUCCACCUGCACCUCCGCCACAGCAAACUGAGGAGACGCAGUAGAGUGUGUGUGUGUGUGUGUGUGUGUGUGUGUGUGUGUGUGUGCUCAGCGGACAAUGAAAUGCUCAGAAUCGCCUUCAGGAGCAUGUACAGUUUUUUACUGAUGUUUUAUGACUGAAAAGUAAAAGUUUAUGUUGAACGUGGUUUUUAUUUUUGCUCCGUGUCAUUAACGGACUGAGUUUGUUUCACUUGAAGGAUGUUUUUAAUUCAUGAAGUUUAAACUCUGAGUUUCUUCAAGUCUGUGAUGUUUGAAUAAUAAUAAUCCGUCUGUUUUUU